AGCAAAACAUUUGCCUAGCUAGAGAGUUAUGGCGAUUAACGUCUAUCAAAAAGGCAUCACCAUAAUAUAAGUUGUAUUAUAUGUACCUAUCUUGUAAAAUACAUGUAGACUUAAAGUUUCACCUUACCAUCAAAUAAAUUCCAGUUGGUUGCAAGUGAACCAGAAGAUCUGCAAGAUUUGAGUCCUACACAGUGUUAGGCCAAAAGCCUUAAAAUGACUGUGACCGUUAUGUAGAUUUGCCAUAAGUAAAAUGUAUCUGUAUCAGACCUAUGUCUGGAUGCAAGUUUCUCGGUCAGUAAUUCCAGUGUGGAAUUAUUAAGCUCCAAAAAUGGCAGCAAAAGACAGUAACAGUGUGACAACUCUCUGGCCUGAGGUCAUUUUAAAAUCGAUUAGAAAGCAUUCUUAACCUGUCACAGCACCAAGGUUGAAACAUGCUGUGAAUGUAUUGACUAGAACCUGAUAAAACAGAUGAGCCUAUGAACACUUUUUUAAUGAUUAAUCAUCUACCCUGCUCAAAAAUCCAGCAUGGUCUAACCAGCUUCCAGAUACCAAAACACAGGCCAGGCUUUUAAAACUGGUAGACCAUCUUCACCAACAGAUAUUUUCCAGCUUCCUUGUCACUGUUUUGUUUGUUUGUUGUUGUUUUUUUUACUUAUUUUCUUAAACUUGUCUACAAUGUAGCAUUAGUAGUAGUAAUUCAGAAAUGUCUUUCUUCCAGCAAUGACCACCUGGCAAAGAUAGUCUACCAGCUUGAGAGCUUGGCUUGUUUUGGCAGCUGGUAGCUGGUCAGCCCAAACUGGAAUUUUCAACUUCAUUUUCAGUUAACGAUCAGAAGAUUGUAAAUAAUGUAUUGAUUUAUUAAGCUUGUUGAUACACACAUCUGAUAUGUGUUGGGUUUGUCUCCUAGACUCCUACAACAACUACAAAAUCUAAGGCCUAUGGAUUAUGAAUUUUGUUCAGUUAUAUUUUAUGUGAGCCCUUGAAUGCGAUCAGGUUGGGAAUUUUCUGUAUUCUUUUUUUUUUUUUUUUUUUUUUUUUUUAACAACAACAAAAUGCAUCACACAAUACAGAACAAAUAUAAAGUAGACAUACAGUAUAUUUUAGGGAAACAGAAAAUUAGUAGGCAGUGCAGAGUGAGGUAAUUAUUUCAAUUUAAAGUCUACUUCCACAGGAUUGGUCAAAACCUCAUUCUGCCGUACUACACUAGAAUAAUACUUUAAAGGUCACCAUAGUUACCAGAGAUGGCCAUUUUGCCAGUAAGUAGCCUACAAUAAUAUGAGGUCUGUGAGUGACUAAUGGCUUCCUGUUAUUUUUGACAUACUUAUUACGGUAGAGUGUGAGGUUUUUAUUUUAUUUAUUUAUUUUAUUUAUUUAUUUAUUUACUUGUGGCGAGGAGGAGCGACCAUGGGACGCAGAUAAAGCCGUGUUGAGGAUCAGCACAGCCUUCAAACUGGGUCUAAGAUAUGGCCUCUUACUCUGAGGUACAUGGGUCGGAGCGUGCCAAGAGCAUGCCAGGCUAUAGUUUUGGGGUGCGAUCCUACCUGCACUAUUUCUACGAGGAGUGUACAGCCUCUGUAUGGGACAAGGAGGACAUUCAGAACCAGCGUUCAUACCAGUGGUGGAGUUCAGGUCUCUGCAAGGUUUCUCUUGCAUUCGGAACGGUCCUAUUCGCCGUGGGGUUGGUGGUAUUGGCCGUGGGUUUUGCAGUUCCAACUCGAAUCGAGGCAUUUGGCGAGGGAGAAUUGCUCUUUGUGGACCGGCAUGCCAUGCGAUACAACCAGGCCCUCAGCAUGUGUGUGCAGGUUGGCAUUGGGAUGCUGACCUUGGGCGGCCUGAUGAUGACUGUUGGCCUGCUGCUGUCUGCUUUCUCCAGACCCACAACCAGUCCACAGCCUCCUGGGAAAGAAAAUAAGGGCAUCAUCGGGAGAGGAGGUGGGGCGGAUGGAAAGAACCCAACAAAUGUUCUCACUAAAGCUCCCAGUCCAGCUGUAGGCGAUGUAGCUGUGCCUGUUGCUCUCUCUAAAGUGGAGAACGUCCAGCCAUAAGUAACCUAAAUAAUCUUAUCCAACUGAAGACCUGGAUACACUAGGCCAGUUUGCUGCGAUGCAGUAAUUUAGUGUUGAGUUUGUAAUGUCAAAUAACAUGGGACUUAUCUUGAUUAAUACAUUUUGGUACAUUAGAGUCAAAAUAUUUUAAAUAAGGAAUGAAACAUAAUGGGGCAUGUUGACACUGAAUCGUAUUGUACUUGUACAAUGACAAUAAAUGCGUUCAGUCAUUAUAGGAAAAUAAUCCAUGUCGGCAUGGUGUGAUACCUAUAACAGCAGAUCUUGAGGUGUUUUAUUCCUCUUAUACCACAGAAAGUUGUCAACAAUUUAAUUUAAUGUUGUGGAAUGCUUAUUGAACAAAUUCAUUCUCGUUAUCACUUACAUUUAGCAGCUAUAAAUACACAUUCUCUCACCAGCCUCUCGUAUUUCCUAAUAAGACAAAAGACACAGUUUGUCAUCCAUCCAUCCAUUUUCCAUACCGCUUACCCUACAGUGGGUCACGGAGAAGCCUGGAGCCUAUUCAAGGGAAUUCGGGGCACAAGGAGGGGGAUACCCUGGAGGGGGUGCUAACCUAUCGCAGGGCUCAAUCACACACACACACACACACACACACACACAACAGACAAUUUGGAAAUGCCAAUCAGCCUACAACACAUGUCUUUGGACGGCGGAGGAAACCAGAGUACUCGGAGGAAACUCCCAAAGCACGAACCCCUAACCCUGGAAGUGCGAGGCAGAUGUGCUAACCACUAAGCCACCAUGCCCGCAUGGACUCAACCUAAACCAUAUCAUAUGUUAGACAAAUAACGUAUUUGUAAUCCAUUUAUUAUUAGCCUCGAGUAGUCUGUGUGCUAGACAAGUCCCUAUGGACGAGUUAUACUAUAAGAUAAGAUAAGAUAUUAGAAUGAGUGUACUAAUAUAAACCUUUGCUUUGAAUUAUAGCCAACACUAUUGUCAGAGCUGCAGUUAUAGAAAAUGAAUCAACACCUUUG